AGAGCAUUGCGUUCGUUUGUUCCCGUCGCUGUUCGUACAGAGCGGUCAGAGACACGAGAGCUACUGCCAAGUGGAAGGGGCAGUUUGAGAGAAAGAGGAAGGAAGGUACAAAGCUGAGAGGGGAUUACGUUCGGUUCUCAUCGCUGUAUGCGUUGUGACGGAGAGGAGAGAGAGUGAGCGAGAAGCAUUGCUAAGCGCAUACGGCAUGAACGUCCAAUGGCAUGUUUCAAACACUCAAAAUGCUUGUAGUUGGCGCGAGGUUGUAGUUCCGUCGAAGCGACAGAGUAGUUUGUUCGUAUUCUUGGCACUUAAAUCCACGGACCUGACAUAGCGUGCAGUUUUUGUUAAGUCAUAUUCAAUUGAAUUUACGAACUAGUAAAAGUGCCUUGCGGUAACUAUAACAGUGUCCUAUUGUUGCCUGUUGCACAACCAAUGGAAAUUUUAAUGCAAGAAGGAAAAGGGAGCACAGUGAAAUGAGUUCAACAGUACCGGCAUUAACGUGCAUUCCUUAAAGCGGAUCGUAGAUAAAGAUACAACCCGACUCGAUUCUUCUAACAAGAGCAAACAUUUUCUUAUGGCAAAAUUCUUUUGACCUUCGAACUGCGAGAAAAGACGAUGUGAAUUUGCAGACAAACUGGUACGCUCUGUCAAUAUUUCUUUCAAAAAGUAAUCGAUGAAAUGCGUACCCGGAUCAGACUUGAAAGCAUUGCCUUUGUAUACUGGCACGGUGCUAAAUGUGUUUUUUAAACAGACCUCUAGCGUUUGAUGUUACAGAACAAAUAAUAAAUAUGUAAAAACGAUCGAAGUCAAGAUAUGUUUUAUAGAAACAAAUUAUCGAACGUAAUGUAAUAUUAACGCCUGGAGAAACGAAAGACAAGAAUGUAAAGAAAGUGAACUAAAAGUGACACGACAAAAGGGGUGAAAGUGUGUUGUAUGUCGAAUUCAGCUUUUUAUAUGGUGCAAGGAAAGUAGUGUAAGGGCUGUGUUGUUUGCAUAAUUUUUUUAAAUUCCAAGGUGAUCAGUGUAAGGUUGAAAUAAAAGUGUUACGAUAAUGUAAGGGAUAUCAAAACGCGCUACAGUAUAAAUGUAGGACCACGGUAGAGUCUCAAGACAAGAUAUCAACAGUAAAAUUUUCUUCAACGGGCAGCUAUGUUAACGGUGGAAUUCCGCUUGAGAGGAAUCUGAAGGCGGGGACUCUGACGUCACUCCGCUCAUGAUAAUGAGAGCGCAGUGAAAUAUGCCAAGGAGACGAAAUGGGGAGAUACCGCUUCCGGACGGGUGGGACGUCGCGCAAGACUUUGAUGGAAAAGUGUAUUUCAUCGAUCACAAUACAAGAAAGACAACGUGGAUCGACCCAAGAGACAGAUUUACGAAACCUCAAACGUUUGCGGACUGCAUCGGGAACGAGCUUCCACUUGGAUGGGAGGAAGCAUAUGAUAAGCAUGUGGGUGCAUACUACAUUAAUCACGUUAAUCAGACGACGCAGCUGGAAGAUCCAAGACAAGAAUGGCGUGCCAUUCAGGAGGCAAUGCUUCGUGAGUAUCUCCAGACCGCACAGGACGUACUCGAGGCAAAGAAGGAAAUUUACGAUGUGAAGCAACAGAGGCUAUGUUUGGCCCAGGAUGAGUAUAAUCACCUGAACAAUGCCUUAACGACACUCGGCGCGUCGCGUACAAGUUUGUGCUCCAGUUCAAGUUCGUUGAGUACCAAGUAUGAUCCCGAUCUUUUGAAAUCCGAUGUCGCGCUUGCGAGGAGUCGAGUAUCUCGACUGAAACGGGAACUUGAACAGAUCCGAGCAGAAAUGAAUUGUACGCAGCGGGGAGUGGACACACUUGCGAGCGUCGAGCAAAAAUUGAGUGGACAUCACGGGGGCUGUUACAACAUUACGGAGGCUCAGGCGAUCAUGACGGAGCUUCGUAACAUACAAAAAUCGCUUAGUUCCGGGGAGAAGGAAAAGGCUGAAUUAAUGCAAUCUCUGGCACAGCUGAAGGACGAGUUAACGAGAUUACAACUGUGCGAAGGUAGUCCUGAGGCCAGCACGCUCAGUCUACCCCAAGAGAAGCUCAGCACAGCGUCUCAAACAGAUCUGUCGGGCGAAUUGGUACCAAUUGGUACCCGUUUAGCUGAGAUGGCGCGGAUGAGACUCCAAUACGACGAGGCGAGAAAAAGGAUACAACACAUUCAGCAACAGUUGGCGGAUCUUGAAGAGAAAGUAACGCCUGGUCAAACCGAGAGCGACAAGGACAAGCUGUUGCUCUUCCAAGAAAAGGAACAACUGCUCAGAGAACUAAGAAGCAUUACGCCGCGCACCAGAACGCAACAAGAUAUGAAAAAGAUACAGAGCGAGAUCCGUCGGUUGGAGCAAGAUUUGAACAACGCGCUCGAAUUGUCGAACAAAACUAUCACCGAUCGAGUGCGACUCCACGAAGAGAAGCAGUUGCUGUUGCAACAGUUGAGAGAUGCCCUACGUUCUAUGGCUAUGCUCGAAGGCCAACUGAAAACGCUGAGUGCGAGCACGCUCUCGGUGAGCAGUAGCUCCAGUCUCGGAAGUCUUAGCACGACGAGCAGCAAAGGCUCUCUGAGUUCCGGUCUGAGCUUCACUGAUAUUUAUGGUAGUCCACAGUGUCUAGGUCCCGUUAGUUUGCAGCAAGAACGACCGGUCGACAUGGUCGAUUUGCAUAGACGAGUCGAAAGAUUGCUUAGGGGUUCGGAACAGAACAAUCUCGUUAGCACUCCCUCGCCUGGCAGAUCUCAACCUAGCUUGUCCCCUAGAUCCAGUCUUUCGAGCGUCAGUCCACCGGUUUCGCCGCUCUACGAAAACGCCCCAAUGGGACCACCUCCAGCGUACGAGCACGUGGAAAUGCAGAGGCGACAGAAUCAGAGAACCACCACUUCCUCCAGUGUAAAUUUAGACGGAAAUCAACUGGAAGACCGUUUGGCAGAACUUAGGCUUAGUCAGCAGCAAAUAUCAUCACACGAAUUGUUGUGCGCUGGUUCGCAAGAUCGCCUUAAAUUGGUCGGUGGACCUCAUCCACCUGUCGAGCUACAGUCCGGGAACAUGUCUCAAGGUAGCGGUCUUGGUAGGCCUGUCACUACUGCGCAACAACAACCGAUCUCGCAAGAGCCACCGCCUCUGUCGCCGAUCAGCGAGACGCCACCCCCCACGGGAAUUCGAUCAAGAGCAAGCAGUUCCGGUACUAAUACUAGAUCCGUCUCUGCGGCUGUUUCCGAUGAAAGCGUCGCGGGCGAUUCAGGUGUCUUCGAAGCUUCCAAUCGAAGAAGACUCUCCGAAGUGAUCGGGGACGUAGAUUCUUUGGCGCUCGGGGAAAUGAGCCUGGAGACGGCGCAGGUGCAAAUUAAACUCAGGUAUUCCGUAAGCGACGGCCUACUUCAUGUUGGUAUCGAACGUGCAAGGAACCUAGCUGCUCUCUUUAUUCCUAAUAACGCGCAAGUGUACAUAAAAGCUGCUCUACUUCCAAUGCAGCCACCUGUUAACCACAUAUGCUGUACGAAACCUGUAUUGGAUUUGCAUAAGCCAACUUUUGGUGAAACGUUUCCGAUUGCUGUACCACUUAACAAAUUGUACACUAAAACACUUCAAGUGAAUGUUUGGUGUACAGGCAGUGAGUCUGAGGAGUGCUUGGGAUCCGCCCAAGUUUCCCUUGCAGACUUUUGCCCAGAAUCACCAAGUGUAAAAUGGUAUAAUCUACUGUCCUUCCGUUUUAUGCAACCACCUGACAGUCCUAGUACGAGUACUAGCAACAGCAACAGUAUCUCUACUAGCAUAGCAAGACAGGCUAAACACGAUAAACAAGAAUCAGAUAUAUCAGUUUAUCGUGGUGGACAAAAUACUAAGGAAGAAAGCAGCGACGAGAGUACAAUAAUUAGCUCUCAAACGUCUACCUUGACAAGGAAUCAAGGAUGCGACGAGUUGCAAACAGCUAUUUCCUUAAAAUUAGAAGAACUAGCAAACUGUUUGAGGAGUCCUGAAGAAGAGGAUGAAAAUGCUGGUAGUGAAAGUGGUAGCGAGGAUAGUGACGAAGAAGGAAUCAUUGUGGAAUUCAUGAUGGAAGACAAUAUUUUGGAAGAUGUUUUGGAGCAUGAGGAGGAUGAAGAAUUGAACGAAGAUACAAAGCUAACUGAGGACAAGGAAACGAACACUGAAUGUAUCUUCAUUCCCGAACAGGGAAAACAAAGGAAACUUUCGGCAGCUGGCGUUACUCCUAACAGUAUUUAUGACGAUAAAAAUUCUAUCGUUAUAAAAAGAAGUCAGACUUUCUCCCCGAGUGCUGCAGUUAGCAAAAAUCAUUACAUUUGUCGACUCAAUCGAAGUGACAGCGAUAGUAGCAUGCCGCUUUAUAGAAGGGGUGGACCUUUCCAACGGAAUUCGGUUGAAAGACGAUCAUUGCGAUGGCGACGUCCUUCGUCUGCACUCAGCUGUAAAACUGUCUCAAAGAAGUGUACAAACUUGCCACCUACUGCUAGAACAUCGUUGGAUCUCGAAUUGGAUCUUCAAGCGCAGCAUGCCAGACUAAGCAAUCUUCAAGAUGAGAUUACCAGAUUACGAGAAUUAAAACAGAGGCUGGAGCAAGCGAGAGAAAAAGGUGACACCGAUUUUGCAACUUGGUUGCUAGAAGAUAAUAAAUUUCAGAGCCUCAUGGCGCAAGCUGAAAGUGGAAAAAAUGGCAAGAGUGCCGAAGAUAAAAGGGUAGAGAAAAUGUUAAAAAGAACCUCAAAAGAGAUUUAUAAGCUAAGAAAGACAAAAGCUGGCAAAGGAAAACCUGAUAUUAUUUCUUUCAAGGAAAAAAUGGCUUUCUUUACGCGCGUUAGUCUUAAUGUUCCUGUACUUCCACCUGAAGACUCUUCAUGCGAGAAUACAUUGUUACCGAGCUUGUCACUUGCCCAUCACAAGAGACAUACUUCAGAACCAGUUAUCAGUGAAUCUGUAAUCACUAAAGUUGAUGCUCAAUGUAUUUCAAAUCUGGCUACACGGCCAACUAGUGUCUCUUGUGGGAAUGCCUCUACCAUAAAGGCUGACAGUGCUACAAAAAAUAAUGUGGAUAUUUCAAACCUAGCUGAAGAUAGUUCAGCGAACAGUACAAAUAAAACUGUGAACGCGAAGGGUCGACCAGGCAUGGCAAAGCUACAGUGCGUAAAAACUGGACAAGAUGAGAAUCUAAAAUCAUCUGAACAGAACGACAAUGAAGAGCCGAGGAGGUACGAGUAUGUCGUUGACAGAGUUCUUGGUGUAGAAGUGUAAUGUUUGUAACCUAGGUCAUUUCUUUCAAUUUUUGUGAAUGGACAAAAAAUGUUUAAAUUAUUCAAUGACUAACGUGUCAGUUUACCAGUAUCGUAGCUUUAAUUAAAAAGCAAGCGGUUAGAAAAGGAAAACCAAGGACUGCCAUUUUCUCGUAUUUCCCUCCAAAAAUUCUAGUUGCCAUGCACAACAAUCGAAGAUAAUGGAAGGAGAAUACGAAAUGGAAAACAGUAGACACACAACACUUGUGCGACUAGUACAGUGAAGAUUUAUUAGAAACUGUUGCCGACAUUUUUAUUGUUAUUGGUUAUCAACGUGAUAACACGAUGAUGUAAAGAAAGUCUAGGCAUGUUUGAGACAAUAGCAAAAAUGCGUAAAUCAAGCGCACUGUAUAUACGAAAACGUAAAUUAUUUAAAUGAGAUUUAUGUGAAAAUUAUUUAAUUAAACAAUCCAUCGGGUUCCUCUUGCAACCGAGAUAAUCUUGUGUGUCGCUUUGCUCGAUUCCUCUGCGUCUUAUAAUACACUAUCCUACCGAGCAGCUGGACUGCGACUUAAAACUAUAACAGAAAAGAAGAAAGAAGUAAAGGAAACAGGGAAAGGCAAUAGCCCUGGUAGGCUACAUUGUGCCUUGAUUCCGUUACUGCCAUUUCAUAACGCGUGUUUGCAUUCAAUUUUGAAUGCUUCCGUACUUCUUGCUUUUCUUCAGAUAUUGUCAAGUAUAAUCAGUAAGUAAUCUUAUUACACAAUACCGUGAUGAGCUCAACUGUUCUGCCUUAAUUAGUAAAACCGUGCAUCUGCGUGUUUUAAUAUAUCCCUGUACGUAAUACAAUAUUACCACACACGUUUACACGUAACACAAUAUUACCACACUAUACGAACAUACACUAGGGUUUACACUAGAGUUAACUCUAGUCCAAUAUUCUAAAUUUUCAUCUCGAAAACUCGACAAUGUUUGUGUAUCUUCAAGAAAAAUCAAAAGUAUAAUGCGCCAAACGUUUUCAGUAAAUUUUAUAACGUCAACAAUGUUAAAUACCUUACAAAUAUUAAUAUUUUUAAAUAAAUUAAAUAACUUUUUUCGUAAGAGCAAGAAGAAUUGAAAAAUGAGGAACAUAAAUAUAAUAAUUAUGCAUUUAUAGCAAAUUCUGCAUUUAAGAACUUUGAUGCUGGAAUUCUGCAUUUAUUUACAGCAAAUAAAGAUGUACAAGUAAUAUGGUAUUUAAAGUUAUCUCACAUACAUGAUUAAUUUUCAAGAAUUUUGUUCGAUUUUCGAGAUGAUAGUUUUGAAUAUUUCAUCUUCUUGAUUAUAUUAAAAAUUAAGAGGCCUAAUUCACAUUAUUUUCAUUUUUAAAUUUAACAAAAUGGAAAACUAAAUUAUUAGCACGAUCUAUAAACUAAAGAAUUGCGUGUAUUUUUUGGAAAUUGCGAUUAAAAUAAUAAAAUAAUAAAGUACAUAGUCGUUAAAACAAUAAAUAUGAAACAUUGUCAAUAGCUUUGAUAACAACACAGUUUGUCGCCAAUUAAACAAAAGAAAUCUAGAAUGAAAUUUAUAUUGUAAUUAAUAUUUCUAUAUGAAAAAUAUCAGUGUUUUUUUCAAUAUUACAACCUGGUAUUAAUGAGUAUAUAAAAGUUGUAGAAUUGUCUGAUAUGAGAAGGAAGUUAAAAAAAAGUGUUAUAUUAUUGUUAAUGCCAUACAAUGCGAGACUUCAACUUUUAAUCUUUGGAAUAUUACUUAGGGCGCGUAUUGAGGAACCUGGUAGGGAUUAGGUUAUCGAGGGAAUAGUAAGAUCUUAGAAGCAGUAAAAAUGUAAAUAUUCUUGUAUAUAUCUGUCGACAAUCGUGUUUACGCGUUUACAUAGUAUAAAUACAGACAUAAGUACAUAAAUAUAUGUAUAUAGAUAUAUUUAUAUACUUAUAGACAUAUUUAUACAUUUAUAUAUAGGUAGCAACUAUGUAAUUGUGUCUAAAUAGUUGUGCGUGUACGUUCGUGUGUGUGCGUGCAGCAAAGGUAUUACGCGAUGAAUUGGUCCCUGAAAAUAACAAUACUUUUAUGAUAAAAAGCGGGGACAUCUUGUACAACGUUUUUAUACUUCUGAUAGAACGAAAACGCGAAUUGAUCAUGUAUAAUAGGAUUACACCGUCGAAGUGAAAUACCUAUUAUACUCAUCUAUUUAAUUAAUGUGUUACGAUAAUGAAUUAUGUUAGUACCAGUGUAUCUUGGUCUUACUGUGUUGAAUCAAACGUGACGACGCCGAGAUUAACGGUGACGUUAAGAAUAUUGACAAUAAAACGGUAAUAAUACUGCUAACGAUGGCAACGAUGAUGCCGACAAUGAUGACCGAUAAUGUCGAUAACGAACAAGAUAAAAGAUGAAAUAUAAACCACGGUACUGAUAUCACUAAGAAUAAUAAUAACGGUAAUAAUAAGUUCGCAAUGACAUAUACACAUACAUGAACACGUACAUCUUCUCAGAAACAAUCGCAGUAUGAAUUGCAAGUAAUGAUAAUGAUUAAACGGUAAUGAUUCGUAUGAUAAUGAUUAAAAGAAAAAAUACAGUAUAUUCUUGCCAUAUUAUUUUGUAUCAUGAGUUUGUUUAUCCAAUUAUUAAUGACUAUGUAUGUAUCCUUCGAAUUCCCACAACCAUUUUACAUGAUUAUUAAUUAAGCGAUGAUGUAAAAUAUUGGUAAUAAACGAACCAACAAAAGUAAGUAAGGAUGGUAACAAUCAAAUAAACUGAGUAUACGCAGAUGUACACAGGUGUACACAAAGUAUUCGAACAGUGGAAUCAUCUUAAUUGAAAUAAUCAUAAAUUACAGUACACAUUUACAAAUGUUUAAUUUGUUAUCUAAUGAAUAUAAGCAAAGGUAAAAUCUUUAAAUAUGAUCUAAAUCACACGAUAUGUAUAUUCAAGCUACAGAAUUUUUAUUCGAGUGAAAGAUAUACUGGAAGUUGCAAAACUAUAAAAUCAAAUUUCAUAAUCAAUAAAGGAGAAAAUAUUAUUGCGAAAAGGUAGAAAAAGGCGAUAAUAAAAAAGGAAAAGGUAUAAAAAAUUAGUUUACUA